ACUCCUCCGCCCCCCAGGACCGGGUGCUCUGGGCGGUCAACACGUUCGGACAGGUGCUGGCGGACGUGUUCAUCACACCCCUGCCGCUGCUCAAGCUGCUAGACCGCCUGGGUGCCCCCCAGCUGCGGCAGCUGGCGGAGGCGGUGCGCGUGAUGCGGGGCGAGAUGCUGGGGGUCAUACAGGAGCGCCGAGCGGCCCUGGCCUCCGAUCAGAGCUCCCAUGAUGACCUGCUGCAGGCGCUGCUGACGGCCACCGACGACGCGGGCGCCAGCCUGACCGACGAGGAGCUGUGGGAGGAUGUGCACGACAUCAUGGGUGCCGGCCACGAGACCACCGCCACCACCACCGCCGCGCUGCUGUACUGCAUCGCGGCGCACCCCGCUGUACGGCAGCGGGUGGAGGCGGAGCUGCAGGGGGUGCUGGACGGGCGGCCCCCCAGCUUCGACGAUUUGGAGCGGCUGCCCUACCUGCAGGCGUGCGCCAAGGAGGUGAUGCGGCUGUACCCCGCCAUCCCCGUGUUCCCUCGCGAGGCGCUGCGGGAGGAUGUGCUGCCGUCGGGGCAUGCCAUCAAUGCAGGUGACGUGGUGUUCAUGUCCUCCUACGCGCUGGGCCGCAACCCCGACCUGUGGGACCAGCCGCUGACCUUCAACCCCGACAGGUUCUCCCCCGAGGCCGAGGCCGCGCAGCACCGCUUCCAGUGGCUGCCCUUCGGAGCGGGGCCGCGCAUGUGCCUGGGGGCGUCGUUUGCGCAGAUGUCGGUCGUCCUGAUGGCUGCAGUGCUGCUGCAGCGCUUCUCCUUCACCCCGCUGCACCCCAACACGCCCCUCAUCCCGGCAGCCUACGACAUCACCCUCAACUUUAAACCCACCAACGGACUGCGCAUGCGGGUGACACCCCGGCAGUGAGAUGUGAGCCUGAUGGGCGGGCGAGGGAAGGAGGGUCGCAGGGGCAACAGCAGCAGCGGAGACUUGAGAGAGCCUGAUGGGGGAGAGGGACGCGCGGGGAGUUGGGCGACGGGUAUCAGUGCCAGGGGGCGUUUGCCAGGGGCCCAUGUGUCAAGAUGUCAGAACAUCAUGCAGAAGAGCGAGGAGCAGGGCAUGACUUAUGACACACUUAUGACACAGCCGCAGAGUAGCUAGCAUAUACAUUAAACAGUUGAAGGUUGGUUGAAGGUCAGUUGAAGGAGAAGAACAAACAUAGAGCAGACGCAUGGUAAUGGUGAUCAGGUGACAAUGUUGAUGUUGCAAGGGGGUUCGUACGAGGCGCCGCAUGACAUACAAGAAGAAGACUAACUCGAGGCAUGUGUGGCGUUUAUAUGGCUGGGCAUGAAGUGGCAAUACUGGCGAAGUGGCGAUACUAUCUAUCCGUGAUGGUAAGGUGUGAAGGCAGUUGAGCGGUUUGUUGGUGGUUGUUGGUGGUGGUUAUGGAAGCUUGACGGAGGGAGGGCGGGCACGCAGGCACAUCUGCACGCAUGAGGGAGAGCUUAUGUGAGGAUGCUUCUUGCUUACACAAUACUUUGCUAGGUGCGUACUCUAACUGACGCUGAAGGAGGACAGGUAGGUUGGGGCCGCUUGGCUCCUGCUUUCCUUUGCCUUGGACGAAGUACUGCGGGGAAUGCGGCGUGCGUGGGAUUUCGUGUGUUUUGUGUGCACGGCAAGCGAGUUGCCGUGUCCCACAACGCGCCGUUUCAUGGAGAGAAGAGCACUGGUGCAAGAGGAGGGAGCAGAAGCACCCGCGAGCAUGCAAACAUGUGUGUGUAUGGCUGGACGCAAAAGGUACCGGUACUGAAGAGAGAAGAAGAAGAAUGAAGGUUGUGAGCUGUUGCGGAGUUGCAUUGUUUCGUCGUUGCUGUUGCUGACACAAGGAUACUGUAUAGGGUUUAGGUGGUGGUUG